AUGAAAAGUUUACAAACACUAUGUGAAAUCUCAUUGAUGAGAAAUCAUUCAAACAUACAAUCUGUGAGUAAUGUCCCCUAUCACUUAUUAAAGAGGAUACUGCAGAAAGUAAAAAUACCACAACUAUUAAAACUUGAGAAAAGCAACGUACUAUUGAUAUUUGACGAUGAUGAACUAUGGUUAGAAUUUUUAAGGCAAGAUUUCCCGACUAAUGUACACGAACAAUUUGUCUCUAAGAGAGACAUUAUUUGCAAAUAUUACUUUGAUUUCGUUAAGGAAAACGAUAUAGAACUGUACCAUUCGAAUCAGGAUUUAUUGAAGUCUUGCGUGCGUCAAUCAGUCGUCAAAGACAUCCGAAACAACAAGUACCGAAUACCAUACAGAAUGUUAUACUCAAAGUACCAACAAGAAGUGGAAAAGAAACAAGAGGAAAGCGCAGAGAGAUUAAGGCUGGAAAUGCAGAAGUUGCAGCAAGAAAGAGAAAAAAAGCAAACCAUAGUGGUUGACCACACUGUUUACUUCAAAAAGAGAAACACCAAGAAGACUACAAGGUUGCACAACGAACCCCAUUCGCAAUUAUACAUGAAAUCGUUGAAAGAUCACGAGUCCAGACUAAAGCAUUUCAAAGACGGCGGAUUCAACAUUGCAAAAAGGCAUGCGCAACGUGUGGCCUUUGGUGGCCAAGCGGGCGGACAAUCGUCUUCCCCCAAGAAAGGCCCAUUGUCCAUCAAACCGGAGCCUGUUAAGGUAAAUCGUCAAAUGGAUAAUGUCACAGCAGAGAAGAAAGAUGUUACGCAGCCCAUCACGCCGGUGAAGAAGAGAAGAUCCGAAUCACCGUCAAUCUUUCUCAAUCGUAAAAAACCUGCGCUAUUCAGGCCUACUCCGAAGACAAACGCUGCAGGUUCUCGACCCCAUACAACAGCGAUCACCAACGAUCACCGUACUACUUCUCAUCCUUAUCCCCACAAAGAUGUUGUAACUUCAAUAUCAAGUGUCACCGCAAAUCCCGUAACAAAGGGCCACAAGAAGAAGAAAUCCGGAAUUUUCGUACGAAAUGCCGGAUCUGACGGAGAUAGUUUUCCGCACGUGACCGCAACCGGCCCUACUACCCGUCCGUAUAUCUAUGAGCCACGGAAAUAG